CCUUAGCGCAGUCACAAAUUCUGAGAUAGUCGAAGGUAGUGCAUGUGCCGAUGAAAGUAAGUACCUCAUAGUGCGGUUUUCUCACUUUUUCAAGAAUUUAUCGCGAAUAUUUCAUUACUUUUAUCCGCAAACUGCAUUUCCAGUGAACUGUAUCUAUUCAUCAUAGUUCUGAAGACACAUAGCUGAAUUUCCAUGCUUGUUUAGCAUUUAUUGAAGUAAGACGGAGUAACAUCUGAGUUGAAGCAGCAGCAGCAAGGACAGCUAUGGUAAUGGAAGCUCAGCCAUCUCCCCAAUGUGUGGGUCGCGAAUUUGUCCGUCAGUACUACACCCUCCUCAAUGAAGCUCCUACGCAUCUUCAUAGGUUCUACAACAAUCAAUCAUCUUUCGUCCACGGAGGGAUGGAGAUGUUGAACGGGAACCGAGAGACGAAACCGGUUAUUGGCCAGCGGCAGAUUCACCAACGCAUCCAGCAGCUGAACUUCCAGGACUGCCAUGCUAAGAUCAGUCAAGUAGACUCGCAGGCCACUCUUGGCAACGGCGUUGUUGUUCAGGUCACUGGCGAAUUGUCCAACAAUGGUCAGCCAAUGCGUCGUUUCACCCAGACCUUCGUGCUUGCUGCUCAGUCUCCGAAGAAGUACUACGUCCAUAAUGACAUCUUCCGUUAUCAGGAUAUGUUGAUGAGCGAUGAGGAGGGAGAGGGGGACUCUGGUCGCUCAGAAGCAGAGGAAGAAAUGGAGGCAGAAAACCAGCCUGUUCCUGAAAUGCAACCUGAUGACGGAGUUCAGCCGCAGUCUGUGUACUACUCGGCUGGUAGUCAGGUGAUGAACGGAGGGCCAGUUACACAAUCUGCUACUCCGAUGAUCGAGGAGCCUCGCUUGCCGACAGCUCCGCCGGCGUCGGCUGUGCCCAACUAUAACAUGGAUCUCAUCCACGUCCAUAGCUCCCCGGCUGUUAGUCCAGUGCAGCAACAACAGAUCCCGUUACAGCAAACACAGCUAUCACAUGGUGUCGAAGCUUAUGGCGGUGAGGCAGAAGAAAUGAAUGUGGAGAUGGCACAUGAGACAGCAGAAGAGCCUGAGCAAGAGGAAGAACUCGCUGAGCCGGCACCAGCCCAAGAAGAAUACAAAGAAGAAACGGCAGUAUCGCCAGUUGCUGCCCAACCUCACCAACCAUCAACAGAUAAUGCUGCAUCCAACAAACCAAGAAGCUAUGCCAAUCUCCUUAAAGCUGGCUCCACCGCAGGCUCAUUUUCCAGCCCUGCACCUGUUACACCUGCAGCAAAAGCCCCACUGUCACCACCUAUUGCAAAUGUUUUCCCAACACCCCGAAAUGACACAGGAGGAGUAGGGAGUGGCCCGCAAAGAGGUGGCAUGGGUGCCCCGCGCGGUGCAAGAGGCGGAGUGCGAGGUGGCCUCGGAGGAUCUCGCCUUGGCGACCGCACCAGUUCAAACUUUGAGCGUAGUCAACCGCGACUCUCAGUCAGCGAAGAAACAGUAGGCGGAAACUACACCAGCCCAGGACCAGAUGCUGAUCGCAAUCGUAGGGGCCAGUCUGGGAGCAGCGGUGGGUCUCCGCAAUAUUCAGACAAGCAACAACUUUUCAUGGGCAGCAUCCCACCCAACUUAACGGACGACGAUAUUAGAAAUGUAUUCUCUAAGUUUGGGGUUAUAUCUGAACUCCGUAUCAAGAGAAACGGCCCGGGAAAACACUUUGGGUUCAUCACUUUUGAAGAAGUUCACUCUGCUCAAGCUGUAUUACAGGCCAGACCUAUAACCUUACCAGAUUCGAACAUAAAAUUGAACAUAGAAGAAAAGAAACAACGCUCCGGUGGCCGUGGUUUGGAUGGACCCACUGAUCGCAGUGACCGGGACCGUGAACGUGACCGUGAGCAGCGAAUCGAACGAUCUGAGCGCGAGCGUAGUGACAGAGAGCGCAAUGGAGCCACCGGGGGCAGUGGUGCUGGGGGACGGGGAGAUGGCGGACGACCAGUGCGUGGAGAUGGAGGACCGCGAGGUGGGCUACGUGGGGCGCCCCCUCAUCGAGGUGGUAGGGGUGGAUUCAUGAGGGGUGAGGGUCGACCUUCCGGGGGUCCUGUUCGUGGAGGCGCAGCUACCCCUUCCAGUUUUAAGCGCUAAUUUAUCGUCAAGCCUUUUCAAAUAAUAAGUAUCUCAUCCCUCACUAUUUCCGGUUGAAAACGUACAGGUUAUAUUAGCAUGUAUAUUUUGUCCGUUCUCAGCAACUCGCAAUCAAGCAGUUUUUAACCCGUCGAAAGUCAGCUUUCUCACCCCUGGACCUCCGCCAGUUUGAAUUACUAUUGAUUGUAUUAUAGUGUUUUAAAGACUUGUUAUUUGAAUUCUUUUUGUUUUUUAACUGUUAAGAUUUUUCUACUUUGUUUAUCAAUUAUUAAUUUAUUUUUUACGCCCCAUCGGACCCCAUCCCUCUCAUUUUAAUGUCUCUCUUCUCAAGCUCCUUUUUUUUGUUUACUAUUUAAUUUUGUUAUUUAGUUUUUUUUCAUUAAUUCUCAAGCUACCCAUUUGCCGUUUUUUACCGCCCUGGUACUUUUUUUUCCUUUUUUUUUUCUUUUCAAGUCUAUCUUUUUUUCUCCCACUUCUUGAGAAUAUUACUUUCUGUUUGAAUUGUUUUCUUUCGUCCUUAAAAAUUGUAAAUUUGUUUGUAAAAUUUCUCCUUCAACUCCAUGAUCACUAAAUUUUGCUGCUGUCUUUAUUGACUGCAUGAUUGCGCCCCACCCUCUAUCUUAGUGAGAUGCAUUUUAUAGUAUUUUUUUAGUUUUUUAGAAAUCGUCUAUGUGGUCGCGAAGUAAAACGAAAAAUUCACUUCUAAGCCAAAUUACAACUAAUAUUAUUUUAUUUUUGGCCUAACUGACUCAGCAGUGAAGCUUUGAGCAAAACUGAAUUAACGAUUGCAGUCUCGACUCUCUUUUAUGCCGCCACUUUUUACUCUAAGUUCCUCCAGUUUUAAAGGAUGAACACCUCUAGGCCAUAAUCAAUUUUUAAAGUGAUUCUUUAACAAAGAUAAAGGCAAGAAGGAAAUCUCUGGAAAGCUGAUACUGCCUUUAGUGGUUAUUUUGAUUUAAAGGAAGAUACAUUGACAGAUGGCACCACGAAAAUGACUGAUAUCUUUUUUUCAAUUCUUUUCAUCAUUCAAAAAAAUAAUAAUAAUAAUAAACUCUUAAAGCAAGAAUAUUAGAAAAAAGAAUUGGUACAACCAAUUAUUGUCCUGAAACAUCACCUGUUUAUCUUGAAGGUUUUUUCCAAAUUUUUGGUCAAUACCUGGCUCGUGAACUUAUGUAUCUGUUCCCCAGUUGUUAGCCAAUCUUUGCUCUUUAUACCAAAUCUAUUUCUUGAAGCGCCUUAAGUGUUUCAGAAUAGCGCACAAAUACCCCUUUUUUGUGAAAGCUGUGAAUUGAAACUCAUGAUUUUCUAAGAUUGAAUCUCAAAUCAUCCUCGAAGGUACUUACUAAAUUUUGUUGUAUAAGAAAUACCUAGUUCUCGCAUCCCUAUUUUUAACUUGCAGUCUAAUAGACAGAAUUACAAGCUGAGUCGUAGCUCCAUUAUGAUUCAUUCUUUGAUGAAUUUUUGAGGAUUCUUUUCCUCCGCAAUACGUAAGAAAAAAGGGAGAAUCCCUGACUUAUUCUCACAGUAUCGUAAUUUGUAUCCAUCUAACGUAGUCAAAUUUGGAAUUAAUGCCAAAUCUUGUAGUAUGAAAUUAUUUGUUAUUGAUCUUUGUAAUGGGAGGGUUGGAACAACUCUAAAAGUUUUUCCUGGAGGUCUGAGCAUGUGUUGAUCCCUCAUGAUUGAUGUAUGGAUGUGUUAGUUAACACUGAAGUGUGCAUCCACGUAAGUUUGGUGCUCCAUUCAAAGUGAUGCCGAUAUCAAUGUCCCUGUAAACAGGGAUUAAUUGUUCUGGACAGUUUGCUGACUAUUUACAAAGUAAAGGGCUGUUCCUCCCCUCCCCUCUUUUCAUAUCACUCAGUUCUUGUAAGUACAGAUAAACAUAUAUCCAUACUAUAUUUUUAAUGAUAUUUACUAGUUUCCCCAUUUUGCCGUUCGUACUUUGUUUUUCCUCUUACAGUGCUUCGUUUUUUUCUCUUUGUAUUCGUUUACUUUCUAUAAUAUUUUUUUCUUCUCAUUUAUUUUUGUGUAAAAAAUUGUUGAUUUUAUUUUUGAGCUCUUGAGUUUUGUUGCCGGCUCUUUUAAAGUGAUAAAGUUUGCUGUAUAAUUAUAUUUACAAACCAAUUGCCUUAAUGAAGAAGUAACUUGAAAUUUUUAACUAGGUUGGAAGCCGAAAAUAAGUACGACUUCAUGUCUCUUAUAAUGUAGUAUGAGAGUGUUGAAAGUUAGAUAAACGGCUGAAGAAGGGAAAAAAUCUGCUUUAUUCCAAUGUUGUACCAGAAAGGUGUUAGAUUCUUUUUCUUCUUGGAUUCUUCUUGCCUUGUCUUAUGUUCAUAGCCCUCUGUACAAUCUCUCGUCUCCUUUAGUGUCCUUAGUUUUUUUUUUACACAGUACUUCGUUCUGCAUUUAAAGUAAAUCUAGGGUUUUAAGAUUGUUUUCUGCUCUAUAAUUCUCCCAGGCUUUAACUACUCUAUAAUCAAAUGAAUUCUCCUUAAUGGGGCUCUAAACUUCAACACUUUCUUCCAUCCUUAUUCCCUCAAUUUUACUUGUAGUUUGGUCUUGCUUGAGAAUUCUCAAAUACCUGUACAUUGGAGAAGAAACUUGUUUUUACACCAUCUACAUAAGUCAUCAGACCUCACCAUGAGUUUUUCAUUGGUCCUGAGAACAAUCCAGAGACUCUUAACUUUCCCAUGAAUCUCUGCUGCAUUAUGUGCGUCAAUCAUGAAAAUACAGUGUGUAUGAUACUCGUGAAAAUUGGAAUUGGCUUUCAUAUGUUUCAAGUGUAGGAGUAUUCCAAAGCAAGACUGGUCCUUGCUCAUUUUCUAUUUUCUCUCUUAAGUGCUAGCGAUAGGUUUUCUUUGUCGCCUCAGAAGAAUUAAGUUGUAUCUAUCUUGUUUUAGGUAUUGUGUUGAUUAUUGUUCUUGAUAAAAUCUUGCUUAAAAUUGACUAAUAUGGAUGAACCUAGGCAAUUUUAAAUGAAGAAGAAAGCAUUAAUGCACCUAGUCAAAUUUAUUUAUUUAUUUUUUCCUUUCGUAAAUGAAUGCUUAGUAUUAAUAUCUAUUUUUUCCAGUUUGUCUCUCAAUUUCCCCCUUAUUAAGCAUAUACCUUUUUUUUUAAUGCAGUUUAUCCAUAAAUCAAGAGAAAUCUUACUAAUUUUUCGCGUAUAUCCAGAAAAUUUUUCUUUCGUUUUUUUUUCCUCUCUCCUACAGAUUUCAUGUCUUGGUUCCAAGUAACUUAAAUAACUUUCUAUUUCUGAAAUCAAGUGAUUGACAAUAUGAAUUUUUUUUCUUCCUUCUUUCUUUAAUAGGAUUAGGGUUUUUUUUUUUUUUUUUUUUUUUUUUUUUUUUUCUCAAUAUCAUUCACUCUCUCUCUCGCUCUAAUCACUUACAUUUCUUUCACUCUUCCCCUUCUUGUAGUCAGUAUUUUCUGCCAGAAGGAAGAUGUGUUUAUGUCUUUUUGUUUGAAAAAAUGAACCCUAUUUUCUUCGUUUUCCUCUUUUUCUCUCUUUUUGUUUAGUGUCUUUUUGUAAUAAAAUUGAAGAAACAAAAAAUAUUGAACACUUAAGAGCAUUGUAAACUUAAACUAAAUCAAAAGAGCUUACAGAAGUAGUUUUAAGUAUAACAUCAUUUUUUAUAUUUGUGAUAAAAAACAGACAAGCUGAACCGCUUAUGAUCAGAAUCAUGUCACAAGCUGCCUGAUUACUUGUCCUCGCACUCCAUAGUGUUCUGCUCUUAAUUUCGAGCACCACAAUUGUUGUACAUUGGAGAUGAAGACAAUUCAGCAUGCUCUAUUAGUUCUUGAAACAUCAGUCUGCCUCUCUCGUGAAUUUUUCAGCUUUUAGAGAUCCACUAUUGGACUCCAAUUUCUUUGUCCUUUUAAUGUAGAAUUUAAAGGUUUUGAAGUGAUUACAAAGAUGGUGCGUUUUUUGAUAAACCAUUGUUAAACCUAGCUAUAAAGAAAUUUCAAAGAAGAUCCCCUCCUUUCACAUUUGACUGUCGAUUCGAUGUCCAAUUUCUUUUUAGCACUUCAUUAAUUGUAGACGGUUUUCUAUCUAUCUCAAUAUCAGUUUGCAUUUCAGUAUCAGUAGCCACAAGAGCCUAGUUCUAGAAGAAUAGAAACUUAAAUCGUUGAUUCUGGGAAAAAGACUCAUUUUAAGGUUAAGUCCUCAACGUAUUUUUAUUCUACUUUCCCAAUCCACUUGUUAAUCCAUAAUCUGAUGAAUAAAAGCUCAGCUGCUGUGGAUUUCAUUAGUAGAUGUAAGGAUGUCUGAACAAACCUUUGUGGUGAGUUAUUGGUACAGUAUGUUCCCAACCGCUACACUAAGAUCAGGCCGCUCUUGUGGGAAAUGGCUAACAAUAUUAGAACUGACAGAGCUUCGUUGUGCUGUAUGUCGUGUUGUUCGUCUUGUAAAAUUGACAAUGUGGCAACAGCGCAGAAAACUCUGAGCUAUUGGUUAGGGUCUUUUUAUUGUUACUCCGUUUUAACAGAAACUGUUUUGAUUGCUUACCAUAAACUGAUGGGACACCCCUCUAAGUAGAUGCUCUUCCUUAAUAUGACAGCAUCCAAUUGUUUUCCCAUCUGUCAGUACCAGAUUCAACUGAAGAGAAAAUUCCAUUUGCCUCCUCCCUCAAAGUAAAAGUGAAAAAAUGAAUUCAUUGUCGAAGAUGUCACCUUUUAUAGUGUCUGCGUUUGUCAACAUAAAAAGUAGGGGAACUCUAUUAUUGAAAAUGUAUUAUCGCUCUUGUUGAAUGACCUUAUUAAUCCAUAAGAUUAUAAAGUAACGAAACCUGUGAACUUGAAUAUUUGAGCUGCAUAGUUAGCAAGGUGCAAAGGUCUGAAAGGUUUAUUUUUUGAACGAGUCUUCCAUAUAAACUCAGUAUCUAGACCAUUUUAGCUAAAAAAAAAAAUUCAGGGAUUUGGCCUUCAUUAUGCUGCAAAAACUUCACAUUACAUCAUUCUAUCUGUGACAAAUGGAUAAAACCAAGAUAUUCGAAUAGGCUAGGUAAUUUAGCUGUUAAGAUACCUACAUGCAUUUUUUUUUUUUUUUUUUUUUUUUUUUUUUUUUUUUGUAAGAAUAUUGUAUUUAACCACUUCAAUCAUUUUGAAGCUUCAAAAUCGAAAUUUUCAUGUCCUUUUCUGAAGCUUGUUGUGAAACUUUAACAAACUUCUGAUGAUGGCUUUAGACGUAACUGAUGCAUCUGUUACUUGAUGUUUACUUAAGUUCUUCACUUUUGACCCAAAUUCUGUAAGUCUUCAUUGAUUUAGAAUUAAUUUUUGUCGAGAGCUGUGUAUAAAUCUGUGAUCUUGUGAAUCAGUCGAAAUUAAAAACUGAGUAAGAAUCGACACGCACAGAUUCUUCCUGCUGAAUCAAGAACUGAGGAAGUCCCAACAAAUUGCGAAAAUCGUACCUUCUAUAAAUCAUAAAUCGUAUCAUUUUACUCCAUCCAGCAAAUGAUACUUCCCUAACUAUUUCAUCUUCUUGGAGCCAUUAAUUCUCCUUCCAUUUUACUUCGGAGGACUUUUCUUAUUGUUGUAUGAAGUAUCAUCCUCGGUUGCUUCUUAGCGUCAAUUUCUCUAAUAAUUGUGUGUUAGUCGUAAACUCAAACUUGUAAUUACUUUUGAUGUAAAUAAAUGUUAAUUGUUUUUAACUGUUUACUUGUUGAAUCGUCAGAGAAUGUCAGUAGUUCCAACCUUCUUUUGUUUCACUCUUUGCUAUCCGAACAACCGUGGAAUUGUUUUCCUUUUGUAAGCUCUUUCAUAAUAAUACAAUUAUAAUAUAUAUAUAUGUACAUGCUUUAUUAUAUAUUAUAAUAUUGUAUUAUUAUCUUAUUAUUAAUUUUUAUUUUUAAACUAGGUAUUUAUGACUAUUAUUAAUGCUACUAUUACAACUACCAUCCUCAGUACGUUUUUCUCAUUUUGUAGAAACUUAGUUAGGACUGACAAGUUGUCUUGUUUCCUUUCAUUUUGAAAGAGUGAGGUAAAACGUAAAGAAAUUAAUUAACAUUCAAAUUUUAUUUUUUAUUUUUGUUUCCAUUUUGAACCAGUAUCUGUACAAAGUAUCGAAAGAUCAUCUAUUUUACUUAGUCAUGUUCUUAUGAGGUACUCAAUAGGUCUCAUUUCAGUGUAGGACCGUAUCACAGAAAUUUUACAUUGCUUCAAAAUAUUGAUUCAUUACAAACUUUGUUCAAUUCCUGUGAUAACUUUCCAGGGUCUGAUCUUCGAUUUUCCUUUCAUAAAAUCAGCAAGUAAAAGUGCCCUCAAACUUGCACUUUCUUUCCUCAAAAUCUUUCCUAGAAAUUUAGAAAAUGGAGGAUCAGACCAGUACCCUGCAUCUUUUGUUAGGUUUUUCACCUGUGUUUUCUUUGUGUAAUUUAUCAUUACUUAAAAUUCAAAGUCUGACUUAGCGUUUUAGGGAAAAGAUUAAAUUUAUUUAGCACCUCUAUUUGCUUCAAAUGUUGUAUUUUGCAUCAUCAUAGUAAAUUGACCUCUGAAAAGAAUAAAUGUCAUAGUAUGUGAUACAGUAUACAAAACAGUAGGGGGGAAAAAAUUAAGUGUAAUUUUCUUGUGAUGUUUUUAAAAAAAAAAAUCCCUCUUCCUCUCAUUAUUUUGCUACGCUUUUCAACUGAUGUGUUAGUUAUCAUCGGUUCUUCUCUUUUCUUUUUUAAUUUUUAUUGCAGCAUUUGAGUGAGGUUUUUUCACUCCCUCCUUAUUUUCUUUGCUUUGUGCCACACUUGCAAUUUUACCAUUUAAUUUAUUCACUUGGAUUCACAUCUCGUCAUAAAAAAAUUCUUUUUUUCUUGCAAAUUAAAAAGUCUCAUUGGUCAUCAAUUCUAUUUUUUCUUUUCCCCUUCUCUAUCUCUCUUAGGUUUUGAAAAUUUGGUUGAAGAAUUCAGAAAUAUUCGCGCAUUAAACUAUUGUAUGGUCUUACAACUUGUGUAACACUGUUUACCACACUACUAAUUUAUGAAUAGAACUUUGUAGAUACUUAUAAUUCUCUCAAUGAAUUGAAAUUACAAAUUUGGAAUGAGAAAAUGUAAAAAAUUCUAAAAAAAAAAGAUAAAUUGUAAAAAACCAAAAAAAAAUUGAAAAAAUAAAAGAAAUACAAAAUAAAAUUGCUUAAAAAAA